UUCCGGGCCCUACCUUUGCCUCUCGCACAACUCUCACUUGCGGCGGUCUUGCAAUGUGGACAGUCCUUUCGCUGGAGUGUCUUCCCUCUUGCCUUGAAUGCUACCACCAGCGAAUUCACGCUGCCGAAUCAUGAGUACCGUCUCUGCCUCCGUGACCGCGUGGUCUGUCUCCGCCAAUCCACCGACACCCUGUUCUACCGCUCGGUCUUCCCUGAAACUCCUCCGCCUACGAAAGCGCUUGAUCAGAGGGAGGAGGAGACGCUAGCAUGGAUCCGAGACUACUUUCAGCUUGACGUGGACCUCGUGGACCUCUACGACCAGUGGGCGAAGCGCGACCCUGUCUUUGAACGCCAUUGCAGCCAGCGGUUCAGUGGCAUUAGGAUGCUGAGACAGGACCCUUUCGAGAACCUCAUCUCGUUCAUAUGCUCGUCGAAUAACAACAUCGCUCGAAUAACGAAGAUGGUCAAAGCCCUCUGUCAGCACUACUCACCACCAUUGGCAACACUGCCAGGUCCCGUAUCCCCGGAAUCAUCAGAAACCGAGACGUACCAUUCAUUUCCUCCGCCCUCUGUUCUGGCUGCACCGGGAGUAUCUGCAACGCUGCGAACGUUGGGCUUUGGAUACCGCGCCGAGUUCAUCCAGAAGACAGCGAAGAUGUUGGUCGAGGCACACGGUACAGGAAGCGCAGGCGAGGGUGGACUUGAGCCUGCCGAGAAAUGGCUACAUACACUAAGGACUACAUGCACGACGGAGGCGCGCGAAGAGCUGCUAAAGCUGAUGGGCGUUGGCCGGAAAGUCGCUGACUGUAUUCUCCUCAUGAGUCUGGAUAAGAGAGAAGUUAUACCCGUAGAUACCCACGUCCACCAGAUCGCCAUGAAGCAUUACGGUGUGAGCGGCACGUCGAAGGGAAAGGCGGCGAUGAAUCCGAAAUUGUACGAUGCGGUGAGCAGUAAGCUUACCGCUGUUUGGGGUGAUUGUGCGGGUUGGGCACACUCGGUCCUGUUCACCUCUGACCUCAAGUCCUUCGCC